AUGGAAUUAAAAUAAAAUUGUGCCUUUUUCAUUCUCCUGAUUCUAAUAGUCAAUAGUCAUGAGAUUACAACAAAAUGCGUCUGUGGACAUGUAAAAAUUUAAGCAGAAUGUUAAAAUUCAGCCUUCUGCUAUUGGUAAAAUGAUGUUUGUUUUUCAAAACCUGGUGUCCUUUAAAAAGAAGGGGAGGAAACAAAAGAAAAAUGUUAGGUUUUUGCAGAAGAAGACUGUAGAGUUCAAAAGUAUUGCGGAUUUUAUUAAGGCAAUUGCUAAAUCUUUGUAAAUUGUAAGAUCUUCAGUAAAGAUAAUUGUUAAUAAUCUUCUUAUAGAUGUGUAUCUGAUGGCAAAGAAUGUGUUGAAAAGUUGGAAUGCAAUGAUUAUUAAACAGAACAAGGAUGUUAAAAUCAAAACCAAAAUGGUGGUUAUUGCAUUUGGAUUCAAAAAAUGGAAAAAAAAUGUCAAGAUAUAAAUUCUUGUGAAUAACUUCCAAUCUAUUUAACGAGUCAUACCAUGUGCAAAGAAGGUCUUGAUGGCUGUACUGUAGAUAAUAAAGGUCAUGGAUGUAUGAAAUUAAAAGAAUUAUGUUCGUAAUACGAAUAUGAUUUUCAAUGUUUUGAAAGUAAUUAAAAUUUAAAUUACUGUUUUUGGGAUUAUAAAAAUGAAAAAUGUGUUGAAAAAAUUUGUGAAAAUUUACCUUUUACUUAAGAUUAUGAAUGUCAAUCUUAUAUUAAUGAAUGUACAUCAAAUGGAAAUCAUUGUAUCUUAAGAAAAUUAUGUAGUGAUGCUAAAAAUAUAUUUGGCUGUGUUACAGAUAUUAAUGGAAAUAAAUGUGUAUUUCAUUAAAAUUAAUGUAAAAUAAAGACUUGUGAUACUGCUUUGGACUCAUUUACAAAUUAUCAACAAUGUUAAAAUUAUGAUAAUUUAUUGGAUUGUGUUACCUCUAAAAAUGGAGGAUGUAAAUAAAGACCACAAUCAUGUGAAGGUUAUGUUGACUAAAUAGAUUGUUAUUCAAUAGUAUAAGAAGAUUGCAUAUGGUAUAAUAAUAAUAAAUGUGUAAAAAGAGAAUGUUAAUAUGCUCCAGAUUAUUAUGGUCAAAAGGAUUGUAGACAAUAUGGAAAUUGCAUAGGAAAAUUAACUGGUGGAUGCUAAGAUUCACCAGAUAAUUGUAAUUAGAUUUUAGAAGAAUAAUUUUGUGAAUUUAAUUACAAUAAAGAAAAAUGUAUUUGGUUAGAUGGGGAAUGCACAUUAUUAGAAUGUAUAAAAUUAAAAUUGCCAACCUAUAAAGAUCAUUAAAUUUGCUAAAAGGUUAGUCCAUUAUGCACAUUUAACUUAUAAGUCUUAGGAUGUGCAGAUAAUAUAUGUGAAAAUAUUACUGAAAUAGAAUAUUGUUCAGUUGAUUCAAAAGGAACUAUUUGUGCAAUCAAUUAAGGAUGUAUUGAUAAAAAAUGUAAAACAGCUCCAAUAAGUUAUGAUAGCAACGAAAAAUGUGAAUAGUGGUUGCCUUAUUGCACAGUUAAUUUGUAAAGAUUACAAAAUUCAUAUAUAACGGUUGGAUGUGUUGAUAAAUAAAAUAAAUGUGAAGUUGCUCUUAAAGAACAAUGUUAUUCUACAAUCUCAGGUAUUAAUUGCAAAUGGGACAGCAUUAAUCAAAAAUGUAUAUAUAAGGUGUGCAUUGA